UAGGGGGGUAGCUAGCUAGCUAUCGUAGUUUCUGAGCCAUUUGAAAGGAUUAUGUGUAUUUGAUCGUAGAGGAUAUGGCGCAUUUGAACAGGACUGUUUUGUCUGCUGCAUUUUACUGGAUUGCUAGCCAGCUAACUAGCUUUAGCUAAUUGCAUUGCAGAGCCUAUUUCUACCUAACGUUUGUCGUGUUGCUUAUCGAAACACACAUCCCGCAAGAGAUUGUGGAUUUAGAUUGCAUGCCAGAGUCUUAACUAGCUACGGCAGCUAAGCAAGCCACUCCUGAUUGUUUCAUGUUUUGCCACAACGUUUGCAGUCGUAUCGAUUUGGCAAUACUCGCUUCGCCACGUCUUUAUCAAUUUGUGUAUUUUAAUUUUCUCGUGAGAAACGCUAGCCUCUACCUAGCUAACGUUACCCAACAACUUGGUUGCUAAAUGUCGGAGAAGAGUUCGAACUCGUCGGGCUCCGAUGAAGAUGUUGAUCCCGAAUCUGGGCAUCUUGUUGAACUCGGUGGCGUCCUAAGCAAGGUAAGUCCUAAAAAACAAACAACAUUGGAUCUUUAUUAAAAUGGCUAAUGAGGGCUUGAUCCUCUCAAAAACACUGCUAGGAUACAACUAGAAUAACUACACUGAACGAAAAUGUAAACGCAACCUGUAAAGUGUUGGUCCAAUGUUUCAUGAGUUGAAUUAAAAGAUCCCAGAAAUGUUCCAUGCGUACAAAAAGCUUAUUUCUCUCAAAUGUUGUGCACAAAUUUGUUUACAUCCCUGUUAGUGAGCAUUUCCUCUUUGCCAAGAUAAUCCAUCCACCUGACAGGUGUGGCAUAUCAAGAAACUGAUUAAACAACAUGAUCAUUACACAGGUGCACCUUGUGUUGGGGACAAACGGUCACUCUAAAAUGUGCAGUUUUGUGACACAAGACAAUGCCACAAAUGUAACAAGUUGAGGGAGGGUGCAAUUGGCAUGCUGACUGUAGGAAUGUCCACCAACUGUUGCCAGAGAAUAUAAUGUUAAUUUCUCUAAGCCGCCUUCAACUUAUUUUUAGAGAAUUUGUAGUACGUCCAACAGGCCUCACAACCGCAGACCACGUGUAUUGCGUUGUGUGAGCGAGCGGUUUUCUGACGUCAACGUUGUGAACAGUGUCCCAUGGUUUGCGGUGGGUUUAUGGUAUGGGCAGUCAUAAGCUAAGGAUACCGAAUACAACUGCGUUUUAUCGAUGGCAAUUUGAAUGCACAGAGAUACCGUGAUGCGAUCCUUAGGGCCAUUGUCGUGCCAUUCAUCCGCCGCCAUCAGCUCAUGUUUCAGCACGAUAAUGCACAGUGUUGCAAGGAUUUGUACACAAUUCCUGGAAGCUGAAAAUGUCCCAGUUCCUGGAUACUCACCAGACAUGUCACCCAUUGAGCAUGUUUGGAUGCUCUGUAUCGACGUGUACGACAGCGCGUUCCAGUUCCCGCCAAUAUCCAGCAACUUAACAUUGCCAUUGAAGAGGAGUGGGACAACAUUCCACAGGCCACAAUCAACAGUCUGAUCAAAUCUAUGUGCAGAUUUGUUGCGCUGCAUGAGGCAAAUGUUGGUCACACCAGAUACUGACUGUUUUUUUUUAUCUAUGCCCCUACCCUUUUUUAAGGUAUCUGUGACCAACAGAUGCAUAUCUAUAUUCCCAGUCAUGUGAAAUCUAUAGAUUUUUAUAAUGAAUUUAUUUCAAUUGACUGAUUUCCUUAUAUGAACUGUAACUCAGUAAAAUCUUUGAAAUUGUUGCGUUUCUAUUUUUUGUUCAGUGUAGAUAGCUAGCUGCUAGUUUUUGAUUCAAAGCACUCAAGCUGGUGUAUGAGUUGUGAUUUACAUUUCAGUCAUUUAGCAGACGCUCUUAUCCAGAGCGACUUACAGUUAGUGAAUAAAUAUAUAUAUAUAUUUUUUAUACUGGCCCCCCGUGGGAAUCAAACCCACAACCCUGGCGUUGCAAACGCCAUGCUCUAUCAACUGAGCUACAUCCCUGCCGGCCAUGCCCUCCCCUACCCUGGACGACGCUGGGCCAAUUGUGCGCCGCCCAUGAGUCUCCCGGUCGCGGCCGGCUGCGACAGAGCCUGGAUUCGAACCAGGAUCUCUAGUGGCACAGUUAGCACUGCGAUGCAGUGCCUUAGACCACUGCGCCACUCAGGAGACUGAUUGAUAGUCAAUUGUUUUACACUUCCCUAUGGUGGGCACUUCCCUAUUGUGGACAAUGGUUGGAUUAGGUUGAAAAUGUUUGAUCAAUCUCAAUUAGGCCUACUAUCAGACAAUAGGUACCACAAACAAACUGCCCCAGCUACUAAUAACAAGGUGGGCCCAGUUGCUUUGUAUGGCAUCUUUGUGGGCCACCAACACCCACUUCUCUUUCAAUUAAUUAUUAAACUAAUCAUCAUCAUCUUUAGUGAUUGUUUGAAACUUAAGUGUGAAACUAAAUACAUUACCUUCCUACUGUAAAUGCACUGCUAGGAGAAUUGUAGCCUUGACUAUCUGCCUUUAUGUUUGUUGACAGUGGACAAACUACAUUCAUGGAUGGCAGAACCGGUGGGUAGUGUUGAAGAACAACACUCUGAGCUACUAUAAGUCAGAGGAUGAACGGGAGUACGGCUGCAGGGGCUCUCUGUGUCUCAGCAAGGCUUUCAUCACAGUAAGUUAGAGUAAAGGUUCAUUUAUUCUCAGAAAGCAGCGUUAUGGCACAUUAUUAUGGCACCUGUCACAACAAAAUGGACUUCAAGACUUCCAUCAUACCAGCAGGGAAAGUAAAGGUUAUCUCAAAAGACUAUCUCAGUCCCGUUCUACUGGUUUUAAAGAUUAGGUGAAAAUGUCCUAGUGAAAUGCUUGCCUAAAAUGCAGACAAUGUUAGGAUGUUCUCUAUCAUUACUUUGAGCAAUAACGUGUCAUUCCUUGGGUCCACAUUUUUCUGACCCAGAGAGCUAAACAUUAACCAGUAAUGAGGCUGUUAGUGCACAGUAGGGGAUAGAGAGCAGUAUUUUAUCAGACAAGGGCAUACUGACACUACAAGGAGAACCAUUUGUAAACACACAUACAUAGUCCUUUAUUAGGCAACUGAAAUCCUGAUUUCGUCUUGAAAUGUAAUCUUUGGCCACAUACUGUUAGCCUUUGUAUGCCAUGCUUCUGUUUCUUCUAUAGAAAUGUUUGUGGUCAUACGCACAUCCUUAAAAACAUAGGUGCUGGGCUAAUAAAGAAUACUAGUAUAGAACAAGAAGGCCGGCACACUGUUAAAGCUCCCAAUUCACCGCUUUAUUGAAAACAUAUAGAUCCGAAACGGAUCUUCGUCAGGUCAAACAAACAAACUGAGUGUUCACAUCCCAAAAUAUACACAUUUCACCUCACAUGACGCAUAGAUACACAAAUUGCAAAAACAAUUUGUGUAUCUAAUAAUUUGAUAUCAAUGAGAUACACAAAUUGCCAAAACAAUUUGUGUAUCUAAUAAUUUGAUAUCAAUGAGAUGGGCACAUGUAGUAGUUCCAGAAAAUAAUAUAUAUGUACAAAAUGACCAAGUAGGAGACCUGGAAGGCAAGACAAAUCAAAGUGACAUGUUCAUGUAAGAAAUGGUCUGAUAUCAAACUCUUGGUUCAGACCUCUAGGAGACAUGGUACACAAACGGUGAAUCCAAUACAAUUCUCUUCUCAAUAAUAGAUUAUCACUAUCCCCCCCCCCCCCCCCUCCUCCUAGGAGUGUUAACAUGUUCGUUACCAAUGUAUCUCAGAGAGCUAAUGUUGUGACGAGCCUCCAUGAAAUGCGCAGCCACAGGGGGAUCUCUGGUCAAGGGUCCUGAUAUUACUUCAGUGUUCUGCUAUCGUUGUUUUCAGAGCUCGUUUCAUUUUUCCUACAUAGCAUAGACCACAAAUACACUUGAUCAGGUAUAUCACGUUUUUUGUGGAACAUGUAAUGAUGCCCUUAAUCUUAAUGGCCUUGCCCGUAAUAGGGUGAUUGAACAUUGUUCAUUUGUUCGUAAAGUUACACUGGGUACAUCCGCCACAUCUAUAGUUACCCUCCAGCACAUUGUCUAGAAAGGUACUACGUGGCACUGGUGGAAGAUCAGACCUCACCACCAUUUGACUGAUGUUGGGGGCGCGUCUGAAGACUACCCGCGGGGGUUCUUUAAACAGAUUUUCCAGUUGUGGAUCAGUGCUCAAGAUGUGCCAGUGUUUUUUAAUGAUGUGGUCAACCUGUUUACCAAUGAGGAGUAAUGAAGGAAGCAUUGAACGCGUUGGUCAGGAGGGCGGGGAGGUUUGGGCGUGUGGCUGUCAUCCUGGCUCAUAUUUUUAUAACGUUCCCUUGCGUCAUGCAGCCAUUCCUCUGGGUAACCCCGGUGUCUGAAUCGCUCAUCCAGAUUGUCGGCUUGUUUCUCAUAGUCCCUCUGUGUACUACAAAUCCUGCGUAUGCGACUGUAUUGGCUGAUGGGGAGGCUCUUUUUUUAGAGGUGUAGGGUGGAAGCUGUCUCUGUGAAACAGGGAAUUCCUGUCCGUUGGCUUCCUGCAUAGGUCCAUGUUUAAGCCCUUCUUAAUCAAAAUGUCAAGAAAACUUGUUUCAUGCGCAUCAAAGGUGAGGGUGAAUUUCAAAUGUUCACUGCUUGUAUUGAUGGAGUGGAAUCGAUGAAGUUACUCUGCUGUGCCCUGAAAUGGAAGGAAUACGUCAUCAAUUAAGCAUUUCCAGAGCUUGAUAUGGCGCAAGAAUGGAUUGUUAGGGCUGAAAAUCACAUUAUUCUCAAACAACCCCACAUACAGAUUGCUGUAAUUCGGUGCCAUUUUACUACCCAUAGCAGUUCCCUUCUGUUGAAUGAACAUGUCAUUUUUAAACAUGAAAAAGUUCUUAGUGAGAACAAUCUCAGCAAGUUCAACAACACAGUUAGUGGUAGGGAGUGGGUCUUUGACUAAGAUAGUGUGCCAUGGCUUCUAGGCCUCCCUGGUGGGGGAUAUUAGUAUACAGGGAUUCAACAUCAAAGCAAGCCAUAAGCAUCUCCCCAUUGAUAUUGUGCAUUGUCUUGAGGGUGUUAAUCAUGUCCAUAGAAUCUACAAAAGCAGAAAUAUUUUCAGUCAUUGAGCCAAUGGAGGCCACAUUAGGUCUCCCUGGUGACUUAUCCAAUCGUUUGUGGAUUUUUGGUAAGGCAUGAAUAACGAUCCUGAUUGGAUUGUCUACUUUCAUGAACUCUUAUUUUUGCAUAAUGUCUCCACUUUCCACAAGACACUUCAGCUUGCAGUGAAUCUCAUCUUUGAACAGUGGUGUGGGGUCACGUGACAAUUUCUGAUAGAAAGUGGUGGUGUUCAAUUGACCCCGGAUCUCAUUCACAUAGUCAUCACGGUUUAACAACACCACAGCUCCACCCUUGUCAGCAUUACGCACUAUCAAAGUAAAAAUAAUUUUUUUAAUCAUCCAAUACUUGUCUCUGUUCUUUAGGGAGAUUUUUGUAGAAUCUGUAUUCUAAUUUCUUAUUCAGAAUCUGAGACAUCUUUUCCCACCAAUCUGCAGUAUGUUUCUAGGGAGGGAUUUCUGUAUCUGGAUGGACAAAAGGUGGAUUUGGCUCGAAAAGGGGUAUUCGUUCUGUGGGAAAUGUAAUUCUCUAUUGUGUCACCCAUAGCCUGAACACUCAUAUCAACCAUGCUGGACACAUCCUCAUUUGGACUCUUUAUCAUUUAUGGGACAGGUUCUGUUUCUUGCCAUUUGACACUUUAUUUCCCUCAGGCAGGCCUCCUGUUGGUCAGAUAAGCUGAAAUCCAACACCCUGGUUAAACAUUUUAUUUUCUCUCAGAAAAUACCAUGGUUCAAUACAAAGGCCAAACAAAUGGUAUUACUGCUAUUUGUGCAAUAGGAUUAAAGGAUCAAGUCGGAUUAACACUACAAUAUGGGUUGUUGCAAUUUCCCUUAAAGGGAUACUUCUGGAUUUUGGUAAUGAGGCCCUGUAUCUACUUCCCCAGAGUGAGAUGAAUUCUGCAUGCAGUUUGAAGGAAGUUGCAAAGGUGUCUUUGUGCUCUUGAGAGAGCAUUAGUUCCUUUUUUCUAGGUAAAUGAAACUCUGAGGACUACAAGGUUUUAAUACUAGCAGCACACCCACCCAGUCGGUGGCAUUCAGUCUGUAAUAAUGACUCCUACUGCUUUCACAUAGGAUUUACAGUAUUUUGGGGCAAUGUUUAUAUGACCCCUUACAAACAAGCCAAUUUUUACCACAUUAUUGCCUGCAUAUGCCUUUUAUACCUCCCGUGCACAUAGCUGCAUGCUGUUGACUAGUAGUGGUGGUGGUGGUGUGCUGAUGUGGGUGGGCCUCUAUUUCAAUAAAGCCAUUGAACAUACACCAUCAAAAAGAAAUCCAUUAUUAAUUCGUUUAGGCAGGUCCUAAGAAACUUAAGACUAAUAAAAUGUAUUUUCAAAACAAUAGAAUGGCAUAUUUUGUGUAUAAUUAUGUUACCUCCAAAUGAAUGAAAUGAAUAGUUCAUUAUUUUGUCAAUUAAACAGAGAAGAUAUCACAGUUAAAACACAUAUUUUGUAGUAACAAUAUAAUGGAAUAUAACAGAAUAAAAUACAAAUAAUAUUUAUUCCACACAGCUUGUCACGGGAACGUGUGGAACCGCUGUCAUAAAAAAGUGAUAUUUUGAUCCAUAUAUUGAUCCAUCCAAUUGUGCUUAAGAAAACAUGCAUGCUUAGUGGUGGGCUAUGUGAAGAGAUGGGAGAAGUGACAUGCCUCGCAAAGUUUACAACUGCCAGGAGGAUAGUUAACUGGCACUGCCUAGCAACCAUCAAGAGUUUGAGUGUAGUGCGUGCCAAAAGCCGCCUCAGCAUUACGGCUACGUUUCAUACUAAACCAUAGGCAGAAGCUUACGAGAUGAUUACUAAGUCGUUAGGCGUAAAUAAAAGUUUCGACUUUGAUACCGGCAAUCCCUUUCAGAUAUAAGGAAAAGCCUGAAAAAAGUUGCCGGUAUGGUAAAGUUGGCGGAAAAACGUCUUCGUAUGAAAGGAAUAUCAGAGAGACGCAAUCCCCUUCUGCCCUCUUUCCAAAUAUCCCAAAGCCUGAGCUCUCUGUUGACAGACUCCUCUAUCAGUGGUAUGUGAGGUCUGAGGAAUGCGGAAACUAUCCAUUGGUUAAUAUCUUGCUCAAUAGAAACCAACAUCACAGUUAGGUCAUACACCAUAGACUCGGUACAGUAUGCUGACCUCACACACAUGGAAAUGCAACAGUCAGAUGAUUGUGCCUCAGGCUAUGGCUCAACCUCAUGCUGUGACAUGGCACUGCAGGCUACUGUUUAAACAUUGCUCUCCCAAAUAUCUUCUGCAGUUGUUCAGUAUCUUGUGCUUCUAGCAAAGCUCUUUUCAUGCAGUACAUGUAUUUUGAUUUGUAUUCUCUGUUACUUUUAUAUUCGAGUACAAUGUAAAAUAUUUUCACAUUAAAGAGUUGAUAAUGAUGUUAAUGAUGAACAAAAUACAAAAAAUGUAUGCACGCAUGACUGUAAGUCGCUUUGGAUAAAAGCGUCUGCUAAAUGGCAUAUUAUUAUAUUAUUAUAAUAUUAUAUUAUGAACUACUAUUGAUAAUGUCAACAAUACUAACAAUGUUUUCAAAACAACCAAAGAACCAACAAGCGAAGCAACUGCAGUAUUGGCAGCUAUAGUGUUCUAAAUCAGAUCUCCACACACACAAACCCAGAGCGAUGGAUGGCAAUACACUGUGCUCCUUGGGAAGGAACAGUUUUAAAGGAGAGACAAUAAAGCCAGGCUUUAUGGGCCAUGUCUGAUACAGCCUGCUGCCAGUGGACUUAAUGCUUCCUAUGAGUCACACAGACAACAGAGAUUCUUAAAGGAAUGCUUGAUUGGAGUAGGGUGGAGAAGUCAUAAAAUGUUUAUUUGUCACAUUCUUUGUAAAAAACAGCUGUAGAUUAACAGUGAAACGCUAACGGGCCCUUCCCAACAAUGCAGUAGUGCUGAGCGAUUAGUGCUUUUUGAGGUCUGUUCGAUUAUUAAAAAAGAAUCACUGUUGUUGAUUUCGGUUUUGACUAUUUUUGGGGGGGGACAUUACAUACGCUAUGCAUUAUGUGGGUUGAAUGCUUUAACACAGAAUAAACAAUUAAUAAAAGUCCCAUGAUGGUAGUGACUGCCCAUUACUGCUUAUCACUUAUUAACCAUCAUUUAUUCACAUUACUUUACAUUUUAUAAAAUAUUUUGUCUAAAUUCCAUUUGUUUAAUUUGAUGACUUUAUUAUUUUAUUCCAAGUCAUCAUCUCUAUCGAGCUGCUGCCUGCGCUUCCUUCAAAGUAAAUAAGGCCUACUUUUAUGACUGCUGAAUACCAACUAUCAAUCACUUAGUCUUAGAUCAUGGAUUUUCAUGGAGAGAUACCUCGCAAAGCAACUCAUUUCUAUCCCUCUCGCACGUUCUCUCUUCUCUCUUUCAACGAGGUCUCUGUCUGCUCCACACAGACCGGACAAGUAAGCGGGCGCCCAAUGGAUUAUGGUCAUUGUGGUUAAUUACCACAUUUUCUGCACUAAACUGUGUAGAAUGUUGGCCUGUUUGAAAGUACACCCUCCCUACUACAUCGCACAGUUCGGACUUGAUCUGAUUUAUCUCUACAGAAACUGAGCAUGGAGCUCACAGGAAAAAAACGAACGAAAUGGAUAUCAAAUAAUUGAACAUGUUGAUCAAUCAGUUGUUUAAAAAAUGAAAAAUAACCGACAUUUCGGUUAAUCGCUCAGCACUACAAUGCAGAGAAAUAAUAGAAAAAUGGAAGAAGAAUAACGCGAGGAAUAAAUCCACAAUGAGUAAUGAUAACUUGGCUGUAUACACGGGGUGCCAGUACCGAGUCCAUGUGCGGGGGUACGAGGUAAUUGAGGUAGAUAUGUACAUAUAGGUAGGGAUAAAGUGACUAGGCAACAGGAUAGAUAAUAAACAGUAACAUCAGCAUAUGUGAUGAGUCAAGAGUUAGUGCAAAAAAGGGUCAAUGCAGAUAGUUGCCUCCUAGAUACUGAUCUAGAGUCAGAUUUGUCUUAUUCCCUCCAGUGGUUGAUAUUGUUUGGGGGAGGGGCAAUCUGAUUACAGAUCUGUGCUUGGGUACUUCUACCCGGCACUGGUUGGUACAGGAGGUUAAAGAGAAACUAGCAGCCCUCCCUCGUCAUCACCACGUCAGAAGUUGAGCUUAACAUAUGAAAUUAAACAUAUAUGGGGAUUGUUUUAGCUUUAUGAUUUAACAAGCUCAAUGUUGCGUUAAAGUAUGUGGGCAUUACAUGUGUGUUCCAGAGACAGUGGUGUGGGGGCACUGCAGUUUGUUGACAAAGGUUACAGAAAAUUAAACGGGGAGCUUAAUUAGUAAAGUUGAUUAAACAAGGGCAACAUCAGCUAGCAUCAGCGGGCCAUUUCUAUUGGAGGAGGUGUAAUUUUGAAAACAGAAAACGGACCCAAUCCCAAAGGAAGCUGUGGAAUUCCUGGUGCACGUGCUUGGAUUCCUGAAGCCGGGGAGGGGUGGGGAUCGGAGUAGGAGGAGGAGGAGGAGGAGAGUGAUGAGAAGGGACUAAUAAUAUAGUCUAUCGUUGGCUAUUUUUGACCUUGAGUUGAUUCUGAAAGAGUGAACAUAUCUAUUGACAUGCUAUUGACCACUCAUGUUUGUUUUAAAAUGGUAAUGGGAAACACACUUCACUUUUCAGUCAUUUCUGCUGUAGGGUUUGAGGUCUCCUAGUGUAAGCCUAGUCCCUCAAGUGUCCUCUCUCUCUCUCUCUCCGCAGCCCCAUGAGUUUGAUGAGUGUCGUAUUGACAUCAGUGUGAACGACAGUGUGUGGUACCUACGGGCAGAGGACCCGGAGCACCGGCUCCAAUGGAUUGACUCCAUCGAACUACACAAGGUAAGACUAAAUGAUCUCUCUUUCUCUGUCUUCCACAGAACUGAGAUAUACCAGAGGUAUUCCCCUUGUCAUGUGCUGGGGCUUGGACGGAAGUCAACUGACAUGUCUAGGGAGUGCAGCAGGUUAGAUGGUAAUGUUCCAUUGCGUCUAUACGGUCCUUGUGCUCUGAUCUGAUUUUGGCCAUAUUACUUUCAGAUCUACACAAUAAGUGGGGUUGACUAGUACUGGGGGUAGAAUGUACUAGCCUAGGGGUUGAUUUAGAAUAGAACAACAGAAGGGCCUGGUAUCCCUCAGUGAGGUGAACAGAAAGGGAGGGGAGUCGGGGAAUGUGGGGGGUCACAACCCAUCAUCCUGGGAAUGCAGGGAAUCUUGGGAGUGGCCAAAGGGGGGAGCAUGCUGUUCACACACUGAUGGCAUGACCACCUGACGUAGGGUGAGUCCCAUUGCUGGGGGUGUGUGUGUGUGUCAAGAGUUCUUGUUUAGUGUGUAUGCAUUGUGUGUGUAUUCGAGUUGAGCUGCAUGGCCAGCACUAUGCUGACAAACUGUCCUAACACUGACACGUGUUGCGUGCAGUAUAUGGGCAGAGACCAGACGAUCCACAGGCUGUGACACAUUAAACACUGUCUGUGUGAAGGGAUCUCCUGGUUAGGACAAGAGGACUGUGGGGUUCAUUUCAGCAGUGCUCUCCACAUGGCCAAAUGGAAGUGAAUGAACCACAAUCAACUGUAGACUACCAAGAAUCCAUUCAAUGUAAUCUAGUCCUUGACCUUAUAUCAGCUACCUUUGGUCUGUUUGUUUAAGGAGUGUGUCUUGAAUGCUCAGGUAGGAGCAGAAAUCCUACAAGGAAAGUAUUAGACCUCAGGUUGGUACAGACAGUGAAGUAGCAGUAACACUGUGAAGUGAUGCUAGAGACAAACAGAGCGAGGCCUGCAUCGUGUAUCUGCAACCAUCUGCCUGUGCAUUUGGUUGCUGGUGUAGGUGGUGUGAAACUGAGUGUGAGUGACAACAGGAACUGGUUAAGUGUGUCUUAGAGACUGUGUAGUAGAGGGUUUAUGCCUGGUCUCUAACCAACAGUAAAAGCUAAUUUAUGCUUGAUCCGAAAAUGUGGUCAGCGGCUCCGUAUGGAGGGUGUGACACAAUCGCUGAGCCUCCAGAGGCAUGCAGAGGCCAAAAUGAGCUCCGUACCGCAUCGUCGUGCGCCUCCCAAAUGUUGUAACAAUGCAGAGGGCUCCGCAUUGACAUGAUUGGUUGACGGUAGGUGAGGGCGGGAUGCCCUGUAUAAACACAAACUCACUUCCUUGACAACUUCCUUCACAACAGCUCUGCUCAGUGAAGCGCAAGAAGUAGAAAUGCCCUGACUUCUGCAGAGGCUGUUUGACUCUCUUGUGGUGUGUGUGGUGAUGGUUCAGUGUGGUGGGUAUUGAUCCAGAUUUCAGACAGAUCCUGGGUGUAGCUUAUGCUACGCUCUACAUCAUCACCCCACGGACACAAAGGAUGAGUAAUAUAUUGUAACAGUAGAUACUAGACAGCCAUUUAAAAGGGUUGUUGCGCUGUGUCAGCUUCUCCGCUGGGUGGGGGCUAAUACAAGGUGUUUGCUUUGCAGGAGCUCUUUGGUAGUGGUGACUAGAGUCAUUUGGGGUGAUGACUAAUACAUUCCGGUACUAACUAAAUUACCUACAGAGACCACUGUCAUUGUUGUCUCUGUGGGUCAUGCUAUAUUGAAACCACUGUACUUCAACAGAAGAGUUAGGUUAUGUCAUUCAUUUGACCAAACUUGUAGGGCCUAUACCCUUUCUUAGUUGUCAACAUGGACAUUGUUCAACUCUUCUGGUCACAUCUUUCCAUUUGGUGGAUGAGGUUUUUUGUUUAAGCACUUUUAAUUUGCAUUCUGGGAAGAACAAGUGUUGUCAGCUUUGAAAAGUCCAUAGUGACCAACAACACCAAGGACACCUCAUUUGCAUAGCAUUAAAGGUGUGUAUGGUCCUGGGCGGACAUUUUACUACUCUGAAUUGCAGUUCUUGAUGAAUAAUGCAUGUGUUGUAGUCAGCCAUCCGACACAAUCGCAGAUAUCAAGAGGUACCGCACACAACAUAGUCAGGGCUACACUUUGAGCCUAGCAGUGCUUUCACUGACAGGACUAUUCCAAUUGCAGGCACUGGAUAGGGGGUGGAAAGGGUGGGGAAACCCACCACCCCUCAUCUAGACAGGUUGUUAGCACAGUCCUGCCCCAGAUGAAGCAUAACAAGCAGAAGGAAAGAAGGAGAAAAAGACAGAGCGAGGGAAGGGGGGAAGAGAGGUGUAGCCUAGUAGGAGGAGGAGGAGCCAGAGACAACAUUGAGCUCCAAGAGGAUGCUGCUGUUCCCACCCCGCCCUGCUAACAACCUGCUUUUGACACACACACACACACACACACACACACGUGUACGCUUACUCACCUGGCACUCUGCUUUGCUAAAACUCUUAACACACACACACACACACCCUGUUAUAGCCAUGCCCCUCUAACCCAGUAACUCACUCUAUCGCUCUCUCACUCCACACACACACGUUAGCUUGUCUUUCGGCAGAGAUGGAUGCUGUUCAGCGGUGCAGACAGCAGGAAGAGAAGGAUUCUCAUGUCAGUGUGUGGUCUGAUUGGCCAGAUAGACGCGGUGUGUUUCAGGGUUUCCGUUAGGAGAAUGUGGCGCUGGACAUCUUACCGGCAGCAUUUUAAUUUAUCGGACAUUUGAGAAAUUGACCGGCCAUAUGCAUUGGGUGUGUAACCUGAUUAGGGUGUCCACCCAGGAUGCACAGAAUGACAGAAAUCACAUUUUGAUUAUGGUAAUUCAUAUUAACAGAAUAUGCAAGUUGAGGAUGCAACAAUGUGCAGUCCUUCUUACUGAUUUCUGAUGUGCACUUUGAAGAUGUUAGAAUAACUGUCCACAUGUACUUUUCCUCAGCCAACAAGACUAGUAGCGAGCAGCAAAAUCCCUGUCAAUCUACUAUCCCCCAUAAUAGAAACCUUUACCCUAUUGUUGUAUUGGUCAGCUUGUCGAGAAAGAAAUGGCCUAUUCCAAACAGACUCUGGGACAGUUGUGGAAUGAUGGAUCACAAAUUCAUACAACCAGUAGGCCUAGGCUACAUAAAAAGCAAUGAGUCUGAUGCAACAGAUCAGAACGUUUAGCUUAAAAUGUUGCUAAGCUAUUUCUUAACAUUAUAAGUACAGCAAUGAGCACAAGGCAGUAGUCUACCUGCAUAUGUUCGUUCCAUAAUGCAAUUAGCUGGACAAUACCUUGUCAAAAGGGCACCACACAUGUGAGUGGUUUCAUGUGAGAGAUGAAAAUAUCCUUUUGAAAUGAAGAAAGAGGGGAGAUCUAAUAUGCAACAACUAGCAUGGCUGGCUAAUAUGACUAGGAUUGUGCCUUUGGCUACUGGACAAUGAACGAAAGUUAUAAAAGAAUUGCCUCCACAGAUAUGGUUUGAGUUUGGCUAGGCUACUUUGAAGCAAGGUAAGACAUGCCUCAUAAUAUGUAGUAAAAUGUUCAGGUUUCAAUCAAUUAAGUAUAUGUUUUCAAAAUGCGUACUGCCUCCAGCUCAUUGCAAAGUGGUGUGUGACGUGCUGAUGAAGCCUGCCUUCCGUUGCCUAUGUUUGAGAUGCUGCAGCUAUCAUGCUGUCUGACAUAUUUUCCAUUCAAAGGCUGUGUAUCUGUAUGCUGUAUGCUUGUAAUGAAUAAGAUACAAACUAAUAUACAAUUUCAUUCCACUAAAUUAUGCAAAUUGCCUAGACUGAUAAGCAUGACCAGUCAAAUGUGUUUCCAUCAUGAAUAGGCUAAAAAGCAUUAUUUCGCAAUGGGAUUUUUCUUCUCCCGGACAAUUGGCCAGCAUCGAUUUCUAUUUAUCGGCUUUUAAACGUUUUUAUGGGCGAAAAGCCGGCUAACAGAAAACCCUGGUGUGUUUGAACGAUUCCACUUUCACUUAUACACAAUCUGGGCAUGGCUGGUCUCUUCCUCUGCUCACCCUCUCUCGCCACUCUCUCUCGCCACUCUCUCUCGCCACUCUCUCUCGCCACUCUCUCUCACUCCGUCUGCUUAUCAAGCAGGAGAAACCAGCGCCUCGCUCCUCUCUUUAGUCCUCCUCAGGAACAACUCUUUUAGCCUUUUCCCCCUCCCUCUUCUUUUCCUUUGUUCCUGCUGCUCCUCCUCUCAUUUGCUCUAUGAGCUGAGCUGCUGCUUUUCUCAUCUUCUUCAAUCUCUUCCUCUUCCUCUCUGUGCCACAGUGAAACCUGUCUGCAGGGCACUGUCUGGGAAUACUGGAUACAAUCCUAGGAAUAGCAGGAAGAGGGGGAGCGUUGUGUGAAGGUGCAGCAGGCGGGGCCAUGAUGAGGCCGUCCGGCCGGCAGGACUACUGCAGCAGAAGAGUCCUGUUCUGCUUUGGCUGCUGGAAUGGCCGAAUGGUGGGCACGAUGUAUAGCAUGCUGCCAGCAAAUCAAUCAAUAACUUCAUCAAUGGAGCUUUGUUAGCAUGAUGGCUGCUUCAGAUCCAAAACUUUCUCAUCUCUUCUUCACAUGCAUACUAUGUGUGAUGUUAGCAUGCUAUCGCACUAGCCACAGCACUAGCUACUAGCUUAAUGGUUCAUGAUGGACCAACUGUACAUUGGUGUCGGCAUAAGCAUGCUAUGCUAGCCUGCUGCAUGCUACUCCUCAUUAUCAAGCACAUUGUCUCAUUGGUCCGUGUGUGUAUACUCAUUGUAUAGAGGGGGAGGGCUGUGGUUAAUGCAAAACUAUUAUUCAGACUGAAUGGGUUUAUAGUUGAGAUAAUGCCUUCUUGUGACUGUGCUUUUUAUGUAAUCUUUUUAAAGAUAUAAGGCUAAAUGUAAAUAUCAUAGAUAAAUGUGGAGAAGGAAAUAUUGAAUGCCUAAUUUCAAGCCUUUGUUUUACACAUUUGUCUUUUUUCUCAGUAUGUUAGUUUAUAAGUUAAUUCUAAUGCUGUAUAAAACCAUAAUAUACCAUUAUGUAACCAAUGUUCCAGUGGUGUGGACACUUCUGUCAGCUCUCUCUGCCACUGUCUGACCUUUCUAUGGGUUCUUGACUUUUUGUUCCAUAUGGAUUAUACCUGUAACAUGUUACUACUUCCAGGACCAAACUCCGGCAUACGGGAAUAGAACAUAAAUGACAAAUAGAGAGGAGUGCUUUUGAAUAGUUAGGUGAAAGUUUACUCUAAUUUAGUCAUGGUAUGAGAGUCCUACAGGGCUGCAUGCCAUUUACUCCCAUCAAAGGAUAUUGUCAUGAUAAGAUUGAUGAUGCACUUCUCUGUGAACAUGGUAAUGUGCAUUCGCUCAACUUCCUGAAUACCUGAGUUUGAUAUUCUUUCCCUGCUGUUGUGUAGCUGUUGCUUUGUCUGGCAAAAGCAACUGACUCCUGUCGCUGUUUAUCAUGUGGGUCUGCGUGUAAGCCAGGCUACAUGUUUCUCCCAUGUACGUCACCUUACUGUAGAUUCCAUCAGAGGAAUGUGUUAGCUGCUGUCAUAUGCUCGUGUGACACCUGCUGGUAAUGGGUGAGAGGCCGACCAGUAGCCAGAAGGUUGCUGGUUCAAGUCCAGGGCCAAGAAAUACUAACAAGCAGGAGAUGAAGUGGCAACCGGAAGGCUGCUGCUUUCAGAUCCCAUGUAUUGCAGGCUACCAUCCCCUGUCGUAGUGCCCUUGAGCAAGGCAAUUAACCCCUAAAAUAGCUUCAGGAGUGUUCUACUGUGGCUGACUGACCUUGUACUCUUCACAAACAAACAAGGGGUUGGGAGCAGAGCAGAAGAAGACUUUCCAUCACAGCAGAGAGAAAUGAAGUACUGUUGAAGUUGAAGGAAUGUGCUAUUAUUCAACUCCUCACUCCGCUGAGCUGAACUGUGCUCUAGUCUACAGUCAGGACAGGCAUUGACAUGUUGCAUCCUGACUGUUGAUGAGUGUAACGGAUGAAAACGGUUGAACAAACAGGAAAAACUUGAGGUGUGUGUCAUCUUCCUCUUCAAGGCAUACAAUGCACCUGACCAAGCCUCCUAUAGGCCUCCAAACCAGGGUUUCCAUUAGCUCGUAAAUGCCGGCUUUUGAUUGAUUAGAAAAUAAUAUGAAAAGCAGAUCAAUAAAAUUGUUGCCGGCCAAAUUGUCUGGGAGAAAAGAAAAAUAUCAGUCGACGUGCUCCAACUUCAAAGGCAAAUAUACUUCAUAGGCUAAAUCCUCAAGCUGAUUGGACAUUAGUGUCGGGUGUUUGUUUCUAUUUGUACUCACGCAAAAGACGGGAGGUCCUCAUAAGGGACUUCAGCUAAGUGUACCCCGACUGGGCAAAAUUGGCGACGAUUGUGUUGAUUAGACCUAUCCCCAUUUCCAGUGUGCCCGCCGAGAGGGGAUUCUUUCUCCAAAACAGAUGGCCUCAAGAUCGUGCCUUCUUGAGGACAAAGUAAGGAGGCUGAUGCUCAUCGCAAGCUUCUCCAAGUAGUUGGACAGUUUUGACUUCCCAACAGCAGCGGCUCACUUUGAGCAGGCAAGGUCUGCCGCAAACGCAAGUAAAUUGGAGGCAAAUUAUUGUACUCGUCAGGCCCGGUCCUAGCAGUUCUGCUGCCGCCCUAGGCAAGAUCAACAUAUGCCACUCCUGUGUCAUGUAUAGUAUAAAGAUUUGGAAUGGAUUGAUCGACUAGAGUAAUGAUGUGUACCAUGCACAAUUGGUGCGUUUCAGUUGAGCUUAUUCAGUAGCAAUUGGAAACGAAGCAUCGUUGCCAACUAUUCACAUCGGAGAGUUAGUGUUGCAAUCACUAGGCAGCCAACUGCCUAUUUAAAAAAAUAAAAAAGCAUUUUUACAUUUUCUUUGUCGUUUGCAGACACUCUUAUCCAGAGCGACAUACAGUUAGUGAGUGCAUACAUUAUUUUUUCAUACUGGCCCCCCGUGGGAAUCGAACCCACAACCCUGGCGUUGCAAGCUCCAUGCUCUACCAACUGAGCUACACAGUGCCUAUAGUAGGAAACAGAGUUAUCAAUAAGCCACGGAUAUCAAACAUGACACAAUUCACGACCUCACGAUAGUUCAAAUAACAAUAAACAUAACAUUAAACGGGCCGGCCCGGUCAUGGCUAGAAGGGAUCGAGCUUUUGUCAAAUGAACAUACCAAAAGUAGAUUUCUUUUCUUUUGCAUUUUAGCUAACCGUAACCCUUUUCCUAACCUUAACCUAAUUCUCCUAACCUGCUGCAUAUGUUCUCCUAACCUGCUACGAAAAGUCAAAUCGGACAUUAAUUUAACAAUAGCUGAAUCCGUUCUAGCCAUGACCUGCCGACCUGGUGUUCGUAGACAGCCAUGUUUAGUUAUUUAUUAGGCCUAAUUCAAAUACUCAUGCCUAGGCUAAAUUAACUUAGAGAGGCCUAGUUUUGAAAACAGCUGUGUUUUGUUAUUUAUUAAUAAAAACAUUAAUACAAAUAGCCCAUAGGACCAGUCGUUCGCAAAUUAUAUUAUGCAAAUAUUAUAUUUUGAAGUUGUUUUAUUACUGUUGUUCUUCUAGGCAAAAUGUUUUUUGUAUUUUUUAAAUUAUUAUAUUCAUUUAUGAUUUAUAGCAGGGAUUAAGACACAACGAGCAAUGUUUUGCUUUUCAAUAAAAUCUGUCAUGUUGGUAUAAGAACAUCAUUCUAACUUUACAGGCUAAUUUCUAUUCUGUUAAAAUAAAUUACAAUAAUCUAAAUAGGAUUUUGAGCACCGUGGGUGGGCACCCUAAUGCGUUAUGCACCCAAUACAUAUGGAUGUCUGAUACAUUUCUCAAAUGCCCGUAAAUUAAAAUCUUGCCGGUCACGUUGUCCGGCGCCAGGUCUUCCUAACGGAAAGCCUGCUCCAAACCUAUUGGGUCACGGGUUAGGCAUAGUCGGGUGUUCCUGUCCCCCCCCUUCAAUAGAUCCCCAUGUCUCUACUCCCUAAUGGACUAAAAGCCAUUCUUCUUUCAUGUAGGCCUAUUUGUCUCUGUACACAUACUGUUUCUCUGGGUUUGAUUUACUCCCCUCUGUUUCUCAUUACUCUGCAGACUGAUCUGAGGUAUUAUCCUAUCUCUCCCUCCCUCCCCUCCUUUCUCCAGGCGGAGUCGGGGUAUGGUUCAGAGUCAAGUCUGAGGCGUCAUGGCUCCAUGCUGUCUCUCACGUCCGCUGCCAGUGGCAUCUCCGCCACCUCCACCUCCUCCUUCAAGGUAAACUACCACCACAACACUUUCAAUCUGUUGUUUGAAAAUUACAGCCCCUGGAAAGGUCUAUGCCAGUGUUUCUUAAUCCUGGUCCUGGGGACCCAAAGGGGGGCACAUUUUAGUUUUUGCCCUAGCACUACACACCUGAUUCCACUAUAGCACUACACACCUGGUUCCACUAAUCAACUAAUCAUCAAACCUUAAAUUAGUGGAUUAGGUGUGUAGCGCUAGGGCAAAAACUAAAAUGUACAACCCUUUGGGUCCCCUGGGUCCAGUUUUUCAAAAAGUUUAAUCGGAUCAGAAUGAUCCGGAUUCUGUAAUCCUCCUUUUUUGCUAUCCAGUAUCAGAUCGAUCUGGCUAUUUUUGAGCAAGUUUUUCAGAAAAUAAACGGAUAAGAUCAUUCUGAUCCAGAUACCACAAUAUCAAGAUCACAGAAUCCGGAUUUUCAGUGCUUUGAACAGGCCUACACCUUGCAAUCUACUGGACAGGUUGUGGUAGUACUUCUACACUGUCAUAGGGAAACAGAGAUGAGUAAACUACAUGAAUAAAGCUACCUUAAUUACAAAUAAUAGAGCCUGCAUAUCACUUAUAACUAGGUAGAUGCAUUUAUUUGACACUUCUCAAGAUAACAACUGACCACAUCCCUAUAUUGCAGUCAAAACCUUUGGUUUUUCAAUUGUAAGAACGUUUUUUAAACCUCACCUUAGUUACGUUGACAUUUCUUGGUUGUAGAGCCUUUCACCUUUCUAAAUCCACCCUGAAUCUACCCUUCCAGUGGGAUCAAAACUAUCCUAAUCACUACAGGCCCAGGAUUAGGAAGCACUGAUGUAGGCUGCUGAAUUUAUUCAUUAAUUAAUGACCAAAGGCCAAAUCUUAAUUUAGUGCAGACAGCCCUCCCGUUCAUUCCCAAUGCAUGAUUGUAUAAUUAUGUUCACGUUUAACGGUGAACCCCUGUGUUUGUGUGUGUGUGUGUGUGGUGUUGGACCAGAAGGGCCACAGCCUGCGGGAGAAGCUGGCGGAGAUGGAGACAUUCAGAGACAUCCUGUGCAGACAGGUGGACACGCUACAGAAGUACUUUGACGGCUGCGCAGACGGCGUCUCCAAGGACGAGUUCCAGAGGGACAGAGGUACAAAUGGAUUUCAAUAUCUGCUCAAUGAUAAUUCUUGUACGUGAACAUUAAAACUGACACAUAUAUACAUUUGCUCCGUAUUUCUAUGGUGUAAAUACCACAACUGACUAGUGGCUACCCAGGUGGUAGAUCAAUGAUGGAGUCUUGUUUGUCAUUUCCAGUAGUGGAGGAGGAUGAAGAUGACUUUCCCACAAGCACGCGUCCCAAUGGUGACUGCCUUCACAACACCAACGGCAGCAAAGAGAAGCGUGAGUAACAGUGUAGAUUUAAGCAAUAAGGCCCGAGGAGGUACAGUGCAUUCGGAAAAUAUUCAGACCCCUUCACUUUUUCCACAUGUUGUUACGUUACAGCCUCAAUCUACACACAAUACCCCAUAAUGACAAAGCGAAAAACAGGUUUUUAGACAUUUUUGCACAUUAAAAAAAAUAUAUAAAACAGAUACCUUGUUUACAUAAGUAUUCAGAACCUUUGCUAUGAGACUCGAAAUUGAGCUCCGGUGCAUCCAGUUUCCAUUGAACAUCCUUGAGAUGUUUCUAUGACUGGAUUGGAGUCCACCUGUGGUAAAGUUAAUUGAUUGGACAUGAUUUGGAAAGGCACACACCUGUCUAUUUAAGGUCCCACAGUUGACAGUGCAUGUCAGAGCAAAAACCAAGCCAUGAGGUCGAAGGAAUUGUCUGUAGAGCUCAGAGACAGGAUUGUGUUGAGGCACAGAGCUGGGGAAGGGUACCAAAAAGUUUCUGCAGCAUUGAAGGUCCUCAAGAACACAGUGGCCUCCAUAAUUCUUAAAUGGAAGAAGUUUGGAACUACCAAGACUCUUCCUAGAGCUGGCCGCCCGGCCAAACUGAGCAAUCGGGCGAGAAGAGCCUUGGUCAGGGAGGUGACCAAGAACCCGAUGGUCACUCUAACAGAGCUCCAGAGAUCCUCUGUGGAGAUGGGAGAACCUUCCAGAAGGACAACCAUCUCUGCAGCACUCCACCAAUCAGGCCUUUAUGGUAGAGUGUCAGGACGGAAGCCACUCCUCAGUAAAAGGCACAUAACAGCCCGCUUGGAGUUUGCCAAAAGGCACCUAAAAGACUCUCAGACCAUGAGAAACAAGAUUCUCUGAUCUGAUGAAACCAAGAUUGAACUCUUUGGCCUGAAUGCCAAGUGUCACGUCUGGAGGAAACUUGGCAUCAUCCCUACGGUGAAGCAUGGUGGAAGCAUCAUGCUGUGGAGAUGUAUUUCAGCGGCAGGGACUGGGAGACUAGUCAGGAUCGAGGGAAAGAUGAACGGCGCAAAUUACAGAGAGAUCCUUGAUAAAACCUACUACAGAGCGCUCAGGACCUCAGACUGGGGUGAAGGUUCACCUUCCAACAGCCUAAGCACACAGCCAAGACAACGCAGGAAUGGCUUCGGGACAAGUCUCAAUGUCCUUGAGUGGCCCAGCCAGAGCCCGGACUUGAACCUGAUCGAACAUCUCUGGAGAGACCUGAAAAUAGCUGUGCAGCGACACUCUCCAUCCAUCCAGCCUGACAGAGCUUGAGAGGAUCUGCAGAGAAGAAUGGGAGAAACUCCCCAAAUACAGGUGUGCCAAGCUUGGUGCGUCAUACCCAAGAACAUUUGAGGCUGUAAUCGCUGCCAAAGGUGCUUCAACAAAGUACUGAGUAAAGGGUGUGAAUUCUUAUGUAAAGGUCAUAUUUCAUUUUUGAAAAUGUCAAAAAACCUGUUUUUGCUUUGUCAUUGUGUAGAUUGAUGAUGGAAAAAAAACAAUCAAUUUUAGAAUACGGUUGUAACGUAACAAAAAAAAGUGAAGGGGUCUGAAUACUUUCCGAAUGCACUGUAUAUGGCCAAUAUACCACGGCUUAGGGUAGUUCUUGUGCAUGACGCAACAUGGAGUGCCUGGAUACAGCCGUGGUAUAUUGGCCAUAUACCACAAACCCUGAGGUGCCUUAUUGCUAUUAUAAACUGGUUACCAACAUAAUUUGAACAGUAAACAAGUCGUUUUGCAUCAUAUCCAUGGUAUGUUGUUUGAUAUAGCACAGCUUUCAGCCAAUCAGCACCCAGGAACCAAACUACCUGGUAUAUAAUCACACUCAUAGUAACUACUACUGGAGUUGAUACUACACGUAGCAGUUCCCUUGAUGGCUCUUGACCCCUAAUAUAGCUCUAGGGAUGCUGCACUGUGGAUGACCCUGUGCUUGUCCCAAAUGUAUGUGUGUGUUGUGCAUCAAAAUAUUUUCAUCAGGUAUUUUUCUCCAUCUAACAGUCUCUCUCUCGCUCUUUCUUUCUCAGUGUUUCUCCCUGCCAGUCCUAAGGGCGUUAAUGGGAUUGAUUUUAAGGGUGAGGCCAUCACGUUUAAGGCCACUACAGCUGGGAUCCUGUCCACCCUGUCCCACUGCAUCGAGCUUAUGGUGAAGAGGGAGGACAGCUGGCAGAAGAGGCUGGACAAGGUAUGUCACAGCCAAUCACGUCUUCUUUAGCCAAGGUCACUGGGGCCUUGGAAGCAUUCAACCCCACCUCUCAUGGAAACUCUUCCCCAGUCAGGUUGUUGUUGCCGAAGAGUAUGCAUUCUCAUUGUCAAUCAACAUGGCGGGUAAAAUAGAAGUGGACUGGUGUGUUUAUGGUUUUAGCCAGGGAGCAGACCGUACACAACUCCUGCCAAGGUACAGCGGAGGCGUUGUCUAACCUGAGGUGGCAGAUCCAGUCUAUUGUGGGUGUGGUCUCUCAAAUGGUUGCUUCAAGAGCCUUUUCUGUCUGUAACUGGAUGUGAUUGGUGGAUCCCCUCAAUGCCCCACCCCGUCUUGAUUGGCCACACUGAAUGACCAAAACAUGGCCAGAUUGACAUUCUGUCUGAAAGCACUUUGUAGUGAAGGCACUUGUUAAACACCUUUCAAGACACUCCUGCUUUUGAAGGUAGAGUUUGACUGUUUAUUUAGACAAUGCAUGAAAUAAACCACACUUCAGCUGCCAAGGCUCAAAACUGCGACAAAAACACUCUCAUUUUGAGCCUUUGACUUGGCAGUGCGACACCGAUUUUUUUUUAUUGGUCGAUAGGGUGCCAGUGAAGAAAUGUAGCUGGUCACAUUAGUUUUUGGUUCACAAUUUACUUUUUAAAGUUUUAUUAUCAAGAUUUAUUCAAACAGCAAUGGGUAUGCAACGAUGAGUAUGCAGACCAGUUAUUCAAAAAGUUUGGUCCGAAGUCUUGGUUAAAUCUUUGCGAUGCGAAAUUCAGUCAUGCACUGUUUGAAUGAACAUUUCUAAAGUCUUUCCCAAGAAAACCUUCCCAAUUAAAUAUAGACAGCAAAGUAGGCCUAUCUGGCAGAAUGAUAUCUUGAUGAUUUGUAUCAAUCGCAGGGCAUUUGUUUAGAAAACUCUGCCAUCACAUGUAGGCUACAUUGUACAGUACAAAAACACCGCUAGCCAUACAUAUUACUCUACUGUCAAAGUUUCGUCAAUUCAAAUCUGGCAUUAGGAACAAAAGAGGUCAACACGACUUCUAAGAUAUACUAGUUAUUUUAAUUAAUGCAAAAACCUUCAAUGGUAAAUAUGAUGUUUCGUAUAUACGGGCUCUCUGAAAUACCUCGCAGGGCACCCCAGAGAACUAACCCAUUGUUUCAGAUUCAAUACUCAAAUACUCUGACAGAGAGUUUCCCACCUCUCUGCUGACCAAUUAGAGUAGACUUGAGCGUGGUUUAGACUUACUCAGCCAAUCCGUUGAUGCAUCUCUGUUACCAGGCAUAUGUCCAUAUCAUAACAACCUGUCAUAGUGAGAAGAGCCAGCUCCCUUAGACACCAUUCCUACGUCCAAGGAAGGUUCACAGAUCACAAAGAACCAGUAUAUUCCAGCAUCUGGAGACACAAAUCCCUAUCUCCCUUUACCCCCUAAAACAGCUCUUCACAUCAAUCACAGCUUGCCAGGUGUCACAACCUACAUUAGCCCAGUCAAGAAUGCAUUCUUUCUAAGUUCGUCAUCCCAUCAAUUAUGAAAAUUAAUAAAUCUCUCACACUACCCACAUGUACAUAUUACCUCAACUAGCCGGUGCCCCUGCACAUUGACUCUGCACCGGCACCCCCCUGUAUAUAGCCUCCCUACUGUUAUUUUAUUUUACUUCUGCUCUUUUUUUCUCAACACUUUUUUGUUGUUGUUUUAUUUUACUUUUUUAUUAAGAAAUAAAUGCAUUGUUGGUUAAGUAAGCAUUUCACGGUAAUGUCUACACCUGUUGUAUUUGGCGCAUGUGGCAAAUAAAAUUUUAUUUUAUUUGACAUUACGGUCUCUUCGUAGACGCUCAAUUUAAUUAAAGGGCUUAGAAUUACAUGUAUUAUUAUAACUACACCCUCUAAAAUAUAUAUAUUUUUAAUGUUCCCAGACCUCUAAACUGGUCUCCUGAUGUGGUUUAAGCAUUGUUGUGGAACAUCACAUUUGUCUUUUUUCUAUAAAAAAUAAAGUGUGAUUUUGAGAGUGGAAAACUCGGAAACCGCGAAAAAUAAAACCGCGAAAACUGAAUUUACCAAAACUUAAAACUGAUUUUAUAGGGUCCUACAACUGUAGAGUGACUUUUCAGAAUCGCUAUUAAUAACACCCUUUUUGAGAUUGUGCAAAGGUUUUAUUUCUUCCCUCCAAACAAGCAAUGUAAAUAUGAUAUUGUCAAGUUAAAAUGUCAUUAUUUGUGUAUGGAGGGUAGGUCAUUAUAGGCUACUUGUUCAGCCCACAUAUUAAAGAUAAUGUUUUAAAUGAUGAUGCGCGCAUCAUCCGCUUUCCCGGGCCAGUAUUCUUUUCAUUCGGGCCAGUAGCUUUCAAUUGGCACUGGCCCGAUGGGCCACUGGCAAAUUUACCUGAAUAUCGAGUCCUGCAAGGGCGUGCUAAUUUAAAAUAUGGCUAGUUAAUCCUAGCCUGGUUCUGUAUGGAAUGCAGGUACAUUAUGGGACACAGGUCAGGUCAUUAUCGGCAUGCGGCGACCAAAUUAUGUGCUGGUGCUUUAACUGAAAUAGUUUUAGCACCAGUGCCACCAGUGGAACACGUUAGUCUAGAGCCCUGGCUGCAUUUCUGUAAAGUAAUGUUUUAAUGGGGAUAUGAGUGGAUUAAGAAUUUUUAAUUUAGUUUGUAGAUACUGCAGUCUGUAGGUAUUUACCCCCUACCUUGCAUCACAGACACAUGACAAAGCUCCACAUCAUCACCCUGCUCAGCUGUUGAAAAACCAGUUCAUCCAUUUUAUUCCGAAGGCAAGUUGCCCAACCCCAAAAAGGUAGGAAUAGGUUUCAGUUGGUUGAUACUACUGGAUUAACACUAGCGUGGCUGGGUGUGUGUGUCUUGAGUGUAGCCUAUGUGGAUCAGGGAGAGAGCGUCACAGGACGGGACACACACACACACACACACACACACACACCCCAACACACAGGCGAGUCAGUAGUAGGAUGACUGCUAGGACGUCGUGGUACCGUCUGUCUUUCUGGAAGCCCUCGCUACACUUGGGGGCCGACUUACUGAAAUACGACAGCCAGAGAUGGAUCCCUCUACAGACAUGCAGCCGCUUCUUUACAGUAGGUAUAGGCCUAGGUCUCUGCUAUGGCUGCUUCUAACACACCACAGUGGAUUGGAAUACACUCUAAAUGGAACCCAGAACCAGAACUAACUGCUCUACUUCAGUUUUCUCCUUCCCUCUAUUCUAGUCAAUAUUUGGAGUUGUAUUUGGAUCAUUAAAAUUGUUGCUAAGUGGUAUUUGUGUUUGAUAAUAGGGUUUAUUCACUAGUUUGACAGAUCAGUUAGUUUCGAGGUGGAGAUGAUCUUAAUCCAAAGGUGUACAUUCUUUCUAUAUUAGUCAUUACAGUUGUCAUGGACCUGUGGGAGAGAGGUAUCAGCACUGUUCUGUAGUGUCCUGUUCCGUCUUAUAACACUUUGCUCUCGCUCUCCACACUCCUUGUGACAGGUUCUCAGGCCGGUCGGCCAGGUUUAGUGUACAUAAGUGGGGCACAGUGAGCUAGUCUUAGGGGUUGCCAGACAAAGGCGAGACUCUCUUUUGUCUUGAGUCAGUUUAUUAUCCUCUGGUGGAGCAUGAGACUGGAGGUUAAACCAGUUUGAGCAGAAAUAAACUCCCAGGCGUCUCCUGGUUGGUUGGUAUGUAGGCCUGGAUCACAGUGUACUGAUGUACAGAGAUCACACACACACAUACACACUGGUGAGUCUAAAUCACACACACCAACAGGCCAGAACGGGGUUAGGAUUGAGAACAGAAGUGUGUUGUAUUACUCGUCUUAGGUGACCCCCUUUUGUGAACUUGAGCUACAGUACUCUUACUUGUUUUAAGAUCAUAGUAAGAUUAUCUUUUUUUCUUCUGUUCAUCCUCUGAAUGUACAGGGUUGUUGGCAUAGACACUAAAUGGUGGUUGAAAACUGUGGUUGGUUAUGGGGUUAUUAACAAGCUUGGUAACUACCUUUAUGUGCAAUUUAAACUAGUGAGAGUUAGAUUUGAGUUGGCUUACCAUAAACGUAUACUCUACAUGAACAAUGUUCCUUCAAGUUGACCUGUGUGUGUGUUCAGGAGCUGGAGAAGAGGAGGAGGGUAGAGGAUGCCUACAAGUCGGCCUUGAGUGAACUGAAGAAGAAAUCUCACUACGGCGGCCCUGACUACGAGGUAAGAAUUCCAAACCUUUGCCAAAACUCUUGUGACACUUCCACCUGUAGUGAUGAAGAGUAAUCAUAGUAAUCUUAGUAAUGACUCAGGAAGAGACAAGAAUACUAGGAAAUCUCUUUUCACUUGUUCUUGAGUAUAGAUGCUAUACUAGAACAUUUACAUAUUGCAGCUCAUGGCUUUGACAUUGUAUUAGUCAUAGUGGGUAUUUACCAGUCAGAUUGCGGGGCAUUGAUUCCUGUUGCAUGAGAUUGAUUUGACUACUAGAUGCUACAUCCUGACCUGGAAGCAGUACAUCUGUCUUUAAUGUGUUGUUGUGCCUUGACAUGGUGUUGUGUUUCUACAGGAGGGUCCUAACAGCCUCAUCAAUGAGGAUGAGUUCUUUGAUGCAGUGGAAGCUGCCCUGGACAGACAGGACAAGAUGGAGGAACAGGUAGGUUACUCUUCUACUCUGUAUACAGACAGGCAGCUGCUCGCUAGUCCCUACCUCUGGGCAUUCUGUGUAGAUCUGAAAAGUGUCUAGAGGUAUAAGCAAUAUGGUGGGUUGUCCACCUUUCCUACCAGAGAGAAAUCCUUUCCUUUCAGAUCUAGAGUCUAGAUAUUGGACCUACAGGUGUGAUCGAUUUGAAAUUCGACAACUGAGAGUAAUGUGAGUUGUCUGUGGUGUUGAUGUGUGGUUGUGUGUUCCUCCUCAGUGUCAGUCAGAGAAGGUGAGGAUACCCAGACUGACCCCUGUCCCCCCUGGAGACUCAUACUCCAUCAUCGGAACACACCGCUUCGCCAAACAGGUACACACACACGGUCCAACUAAAUAUGACAGAGUGUCACCAGUACAUACAGCACAUGCAAGAGUCGGCAUGUAUCAUAACUCCAAGAGAAGUUCAGUUGAUAUGGUUUGUCUCUGACAUUCUUCCCUCUCACUGAAACAAGCCUGCCAGUACAUGUCUAUUGGAGUCUUCUCCUCUGUAGGCCAAUGGUUUGAUACAUUUUCCAACAUGGGUAUUCUUACUGGGCUUUUCACUUUCUCUGGUGGUGUUUGUGUGGGAUUUCCUCUACUCUCCAGCCAGGUUGUUUUACGGUGGGUUUUUAUUGAGCUCUAGUAAUGAUUUAGUCUGUUUGAUUUGGGUAAUCCCCUCAUGUAGUGAAGGGUGGCAUCCCUCUCUGCUCGUCUUUCAUGUGUGGUGGCAUCCCUGGUCUCAUUCCCUGGAUGUUUUUCUACCUCUCCCUCUCCCCUCUUUCUCACACUCCUCACCUCUUUAUUUCUCUUUCUCUCCCCCUCUUUCUUUCUCCCCUUUUCCCCUCUCUCUCCUUUCCUCUGUUCGCUCUCUCCCCCCAAACUAUCUCUCCUCUAUCUCUCUCCCCUCCUCCCCUCUGCUGUGUAGCCCCAUAGCUACUCUUCCUCCCUGUCCUCCGUUGAAUUAGUCAGUGCCUCAGAUGAUGUUCACAGAUUCAGCGCACAGGUACUGUAUGUGUUGAGCACCACUAGAGUGCCACCAGCCUCCUGGGAAUACACGUUACACUGCACUCUACUGACUGCAUGAGAAUGACUAGGAACGCUAAUACACAGUGUACUGUACUGUCUACAUACCUUCAACACUGACUGAUGACCUGUGCUUCAACUCAUUGUUUUGUUCCAUCUUUCUGAUGCACUUCGUGUGUGUUCCCUUCCCCCCCAAGAUCAGUCUUCACACUGUCCAGGGCUGCCCUCAAUGAAUCCCUGUUCAUUCCUUUUGCAAAAUGUUUAGAAGAAGUCAGUUAUCAGUGUAGGCAAGCUGAGUUACAGGGCAGCUUAGAUUCAAGAAAACGUUCAAAAAGGGCCUUGUCAUCAACUCAACAUAACACAAUGAUGUGGAUUGAAUUGUGUCUAGCAUAACUAACUAUAGUAUUCCCAGUGAGCCACAGCAUUAGAGAGAGCGUAGAACUGCGUCCGUGCCCCCUGAUCACUAUCUGAGCUCAGCAGAUGUAAUGCAUGACUGGAGUCCUGUAGUUACCCCUCCCUCCCUCUCCCCUGAUACUCCCUCGCUCCCUCUUUCACUGCAUGAUCAGGCAUGGACCCCAGCAAUGUGAGCAUCAAGUGUACUGUCUGUCUGUCUGUCUGUCCUGUACCUUGUCCUCUUCUCCCUCCUAGUGAUACUGUCUCGCUAAUAGCAGCAUGUAGUUCAGACCGAGACUGCUACGCCACAGUGACUGAAGGCCUGCUGCAUCUGACGUCUGUCUGUCUCUCAGGUGGAGGACAUGGUUCAGAAUCACAUGACCUACUCCCUGCAGGACAUGGGCGGAGACGCCAACUGGCAGCUGGUGGUGGAGGAGGGCGAGAUGAAGGUGAGGAUGGGGCUAGCUAGUGCGUAUAGAAGACCAUACCUACACACUACACGAAACACUGCCCCCUGCAUGCCUAGUAUAGAAGAGACUACCUACAGACUCUGCCUGCUGACUCACACUGGAAACAGUGAAGUGUAUAUGGGUCCAAUAUGGCUACUGUCAGUGUGUAUGGGUCCAAUAUGGCUACUGUCAGUGUGUAUGGGUCCAAUAUGGCUACUGUAAGUGUGUAUGGGUCCAAUAUGGCUACUGUCAGUGUGUAUGGGUCCAAUAUGGCUACUGUAAGUGACUGUGUGCUAUCUCAGGUGUACAGGAGAGAGGUGGAGGAGAAUGGCAUCGUCCUGGACCCUCUGAAAGCCACCCAUGCAGUGAAGGGUGUGACCGGACACGAGUUGUGCCACUACUUCUGGGACACGGACGUACGUAACGACUGGGAGAGUGAGUCUAUCUACCUCUUCAAUCAUCAUCAUCAGAUAAUCUUCAUGGAUUAGCAUCAUCUUCUUGUCUUCUUAAUUUGCACACAAUGAAUGGCUUGAAUUGUUUUGUUUGUUGAUUUGUCUUGCUCUAUUUCUCUUCCAGCCACCAUUGAAAACUUUAACGUGGUGGAGACACUCUCAGACAAUGCUGUUAUAGUCUACCAGACCCACAAGGUAAUAUACCUCUGGUUCUUCAGGUUCACCCUAGUCUGUCAGGCUCUCAUACAGGUGGGUUGUCUUUGGACGGGUCACGUUUGACUGACAGCCAAUGGUUGUGUUUCAGAGAGUAUGGCCCGCCUCUCAGAGGGACGUCCUCUACCUAUCAGCUAUCAGGAAAAUUCUGGCGACCAAUGAGAAUGACCCAGACACGUGGCUGGUCUGCAACUUCUCUGUAGAUCACGACAACGCACAGGUGAGUUCUACAGACACACCAAGGGAUUAUUGCCGUACAUGCUCUUAAAAUCUGACGGCUAGGAGCUAGGUCUCGAUGUCGAAUUGGAAGGUGUAAAAAAUUGUCUUCCGCUCUCCUCUUACCUUUUCAUCAACUCCCUUUCUUUCUGUAGCCCACCAACCGGUGUGUCCGUGCCAAAAUCAACGUGGCCAUGAUCUGCCAGACCCUGGUGAGCCCUCCAGAGGGCAACAAAGAGAUCAGCAGGGACAACGUCCUCUGUAAGAUCACCUAUGUGGCCAAUGGUGAGUACAGCAGCUCAAUACCUUUUUCAUGUCCCCAGUAAGUGAGGAGUUGCAUGUUCCCACAUGGUUGUCAUAUAAGCCUGGUCAAGUUUACUUUAUCCACCUACAUAAAACAUUUUCUUCCGUUUACUUUUAUGUUCCUUAUUUGACCAUGUGCAAAUGGAACACAACUAAGCUACUCUGGUUUAUUUGAACAGUGAGAGACAGAAUAACAACAACAAAAAUCCAGAAAAACGCAUGUCAAAAGUGUUAUAAAUUGAUUUGCAAUUUAAUGAGGGAAAUAAGUAUUUGACCCCUCUGCAAAACAUGACUUAGUACUUGGUGGCAAAACCCUUGUUGGCAAUCACAGAGGUCAGACGUUUCUUGUAGUUGGCCACCAGGUUUGCACACAUCUCAGGAGGGAUUUUGUCCCACUCCUCUUUGCAGAUCUUCUCCAAGUCAUUAAGGUUUCGAGGCUGACGUUUCUAUGGGAUUAAGGUCUGGAGACUGGCUAGGCCACUCCAGGACCUUAAUGUGCUUCUUCUUGAGCCACUCCUUUGUUGCCUUGGCCGUGUGUUUUGGGUCAUUGUCAUGCUGGAAUACCCAUCCACGACCCAUUUUCAAUGCCCUGGCUGAGGGAAGGAGGUUCUCACCCAAUAUUUGACGGUACAUGGCCCCGUCCAUCGUUCCUUUGAUGCGGUGAAGUUGUCCUGUCCCCUUAGCAGAAAAACACCCCCAAAGCAUAAUGUUUUCACCUCCAUGUUUGACGGUGGGGAUGUUGUUCUUGGGGUCAUAGGCAGCAGUAUAUGUGCUUUCUUGAGCAGGGGGACCUUGCGGGCACUGCAGGAUUUCAGUCCUUCACGGCGUAGUGUGUUACCAAUUGUUUUCUUGGUGACUAUGGUCCCAGCUGCCUUGAGAUCAUUGACAAGAUCUUACCGUGUAGUUCUGGGCUGAUUCCUCACCGUUCUCAUGAUCAUUGCAACUCCACGAGGUGAGAUCUUGCAUGGAGCCCCAGGCCGAGGGAGAUUGACAUUUAUUUUGUGUUUCUUCCAUUUGCGAAUAAUCGUACCAACUGUUGUCACCUUCUCACCAAGCUGCUUGGCGAUGGUCUUGUAGCCCAUUCCAGCCUUGUGUAGGUCUACAAUCUUGUCCCUGACAUCCUUGGAGAGGGCUUUGGUCUUGGCCAUGGUGGAGAGUUUGGAAUCUGAUUGAUUGAUUGCUUCUGUGGAUAGGUGUCUUUUAAGAGUGUGCUCCUGAUCUCAGCUCGUUACCUGUAUAAAAGACACCUGGGAGCCAAAAAUCUUUCUGAUUGAGAGGGGGUCAAAUACUUAUUUCCCUCAUUUAAAAUGCAAAUCAAUUUAUAACAUUUUUGACAUGCGUUUUUCUGGAUUUUUGUUGUUGUUAUUCUGUCUCUCACUGUUCAAAUAAACCUACCAUUAAAAUUAUAAACUGAUCAUUUCUUUGUCAGUGGGCAAAUGUACAAAAUCAGCAGGGGAUCAAAUACUUUUUUCCCUCACUGUAUAUAGAGCUUUAUGGCAGAGCUUUGUGUGGGUGGAGAAUUAGUUAAAUGUUGAUUAAUGGUUUAGUAUAGUGAUUCUAUCACACCAUGUAGGCUCACUGUUUGUAUGUGUGUAGCUAUAUAUUGACUGAGAGGUUGUUAUUUCCUAGUGAACCCUGGAGGCUGGGCCCCUGCCUCAGUCCUCAGAGCCGUGGCCAAGAGGGAAUACCCCAAGUUCCUCAAACGCUUCACCGGCUACGUCCAGGAGAAGACCAGCGGAAAACCCAUCCUCUUCUAAACCUCACAGGUAACAAUCCCAUUCAUUCUAAUCAGACAUGUUUUUUACAUGGACGAUACAUUGGAGAUAAUUGGAAACAAUACAACACUAUGAAAAAUCUGGGAAACCAGGCCUGCUAUUCAUAGCAGACUUCGAAAAGACAUUUCACAAAGUACGACUGGAGUUUAUAUAUAAAUGCCUAGAGCAUUUCAAUUUUGGAGAAUCUCUUAUAAAAUGGGUUAAAAUCAUGUAUAGUAACCCUAGGUGUAAAAUAGUAAAUAAUGGCUAUUUCUCAGAAAGUUUUAAACUGUCGAGGAGUAAAACAAGGUUGUCCACUAUCGGCAUAUCUAUUUAUUAUGGCCAUCGAAAUGUUAGCUAUUAAAAUCAGAUUCAACAAUAAUAUCAAGGGAUUAGAAAUCCAGGGCUUAAAAACAAAGGUAUCAUUGUACGCUGAUGAUUCAUGUUUUAUUUUAAAUCCACAACUUUAAUCCCUCCACAGCCUCAUAGAGGAUCUAGAUACAUUUUCUAACCUCUCUGGAUUACAUCAAAUUAUGAUAAAUAUACUAUUACGUAUUGGAUCACAAAAAAAUACAAUUAUUACAUUACCAUGUAGUUUACCAAUAAAAUGGUCUGAUGGUGAUGUGGAUAUACUCAGAAUAUAUAUCCCAAAUGAAUUAAAUGAUCUCACUCCAAUAAAGUUGAAUAGAAAGUUAGCAAAUAUAGAUAAGAUCUUGCUACCAUGGAAAGGUUAAAUACCUGUCUAUUUGUGGAAAUAUCACCCUGAUUAACUCUUUAGUAUUAUCCCAGUUUACCUAUUUGCUUAUGGUCUAGCGAACAGUUUUUUAAAAAUUAUAUGAGAAAAAAAUAUUCCAUUUUAUUUGGAACGGCAAGCCAGAAAAUUAAACAGGCAUAUUUAUAUAAUAAAUAUGAAUUCGGAGGACAGAAAUUAUUAAAUAUAAAAUCAUUAGACCUAUCACUAAAAGCUUCAGUCAUACAAAAGUUAUACUUAAAUCCGAACUGGUUCUCUAGCAAAUUAGUAAGAUUGUCUCACCCCAUGUUCAAGAAUGGCCUUUUUCCCUUUAUUCAGAUUACAACCUCUCACUUUCAGUUAUUUGAAAAGGAAAUAAUCUCCCAAAUAUCACUUUUUCAAAAACAAGCCAUAGAAAGUUGGUUGCAAUUACAAUUUAAUCCUCCAGAAACUCCAGAACAAAUAAUGAAACAAAUAUUGUGGUUAAACUCAAAUAUCCUAAUUGAUAAAAAAAACAUUUAUUUUUUGAAAAAAUGUUUAAAAAAAGGUAUAAUCUUCGUAAAUGAUAUCAUUGGUAGGACUGGUGGUUAUGUCGCACAUGCAACUAACAAAAACAUAUGGAAAUGUCUGCUCUACCCAAAUUUACAACCAAAUAAUUGCAGCAUUACCGCAAAAAUGGAAGAGGAAAGUGGAAGGGGGAAAAAGUAAGGAACUUGUCUGUCGGCCCUGCAUUAAAGAAAAUUGUGAUAAAUAAAAAAAGUAUACCAGUUUCAUUUAAGGACCAAAGGAUUGACAGCCAUCCCAUAUAGAUUGCAAAAUAGUUGGGAAGAGAUUUUUGACGAACCGAUUCCAUGGCAUAGUGUUUAUGAACUGAUACGCAAAACGACGCCGGAUUCAAAAUGUAUUAUUCAAUUAAAAUUAUUAUACAAAAUUCUUGCUACCAAGAUAAUGUUUUUAUAUGGGGGAUACAAUCUUCCCAGCUCUGCAGAUUUUGCUGCGAAGAGACAGAAUCAUUAGAUCAUUUGUUUUAGUACUGCCCAUUUGUAGCUUGUUUUUGAUCACAGGUCCAGGAAUGGCUGAAGGAUUGCAAUAUUUACCUGGAGCUAACCCUGCAGAUAGCACUACUGGGUGAUCUGAAAAGUCCUAGUCAAUCGAUCAAUAAUAUAAUAAUACUUUUAGCAACAAAAAAAAUAUUUUCAAUUUACAAUCUGUAGAAACAAUGAGAAUAAAAGGGUUCAGAACUUUUGUGAAACAUUUACAUUUUAGUCAUUUAGCAGAUGCUCUUAUCCAGAGCGACUUACAGUUUGUGAGUGCAUACAUUUUUCAUACUGCCCCCCCGUGGGAAACGAACCCACAACCCUGGCGUUGCAAGCACCAUGCUCUACCAACUGAGCUACAGGGGACCUGUACAGUCACAGCACAGUUGAAAAAUAUGGCAAACAGAAAUCUAAUAUGGAUGGUGUUAAGAGAUAGAUGGGAGGUGUUGAAUGGAGCUGAAGGAUGGUACUAAUAACAACUAACAACAACUAAUAACAACAAGAUAACUAAUGUAAAGCAUACUGUGUCCAUAAUAAGUAUAUAGGUUAUAGGUUGAGAGCUUUUGUGAAAGAGCACAGUUAGAAAGAUAUGGCAUAUAGAAGCAAACCGGAUGGACAUCAUGAAAAUGAUCGGAGAGGUUGAGGGUAGAGGAAGUUCAGGAGUAAAAACAAACCAAAUUGAAUUAUUGUAAAAUUGACUUUGUCCAUAAAAUGUAUAUAGUAUGUAUAAGCUGGAAGUAGAGGCCUAAGCGUUGUUGUUCAUUAGUUUACUCCAAUUAGGGGAGGGGUGGUGGGGUUGGAAAGUAAUAAAGGGAAAUCUUUUUAAAAAAAGUGUAUGUAUGGAUGUAUGUAUGUAUGUAUAUAUAGGGAAAAAAGUAUUUGAUCCCCUGCUGAUUUUGUACGUUUGCCCACUGACAAAGACAGGAUCAGUCUAUAUUUUUAAUGGUAGGUGUAUUUGAACAGUGAGAGACAGAUUUGCAUUUUAAUGAGAGAAAUAAGUAUUUGACCCCUCUGCAAAACAUGUGCUUCUUCUUGAGCCACUCCUUUGUUGCCUUGGCCGUGUGUUUUGGGUCAUUGUCAUGCUGGAAUACCCAUCCACGACCCAUUUUCAAUGCCAUGGCUGAGGGAAGGAGGUUCUCACCCAAGAUUUGACGGUACAUGGCCCCGUCCAUCAUCCCUUAGAUGCGGUGAAGUUGUCCUGUCCCCUUAGCAGAAAAACACCCCCAAAGCAUAAUGUUUCCACCGCCAUGUUUGACGGUGGGGAUGGUGUUCUUGGGGUCAUAGGCAGCAUUCCUCCUCCUCCAAACACGGCGAGUUGAGUUGAUGCCAAAGAGCUCCAUUUUGGUCUCAUCUGACCACAACACUUUCACCCAGUUCUCCUCUGAAUCAUUCAGAUCUUCAUUGGCAAACUUCAGACGGUCCUGUAUAUGUGCUUUCUUGAGCAGGGGGACCUUGCGGGCGCUGCAGGAUUUCAGUCCUUCACGGCGUAGUGUGUUACCAAUUGUUUUCUUGGUGACUAUGGUCCCAGCUGCCUUGAGAUCAUUGACAAGAUCCUCCCGUGUAGUUCUGGGCUGAUUCCUCACCGUUCUCAUGAUCAUUGCAACUCCACGAGGUGAGAUCUUGCAUGGAGCCCCAGGCCGAGGGAGAUUGACAGUUAUUUUGUGUUUCUUCCAUUUGCGAAUAAUCGCACCAACUGUUGUCACCUUCUCACCAAGCUGCUUGGCGAUGGUCUUGUAGCCCAUUCCAGCCUUGUGUAGGUCUACAAUCUUGUCCCUGACAUCCUUGGAGAGCUCUUUAGUCUUGGCCAUGGUGGAGAGUUUGGAAUCUGAUUGAUUGAUUGCUUCUGUGGACAGGUGUCUUUUAUACAGAUAACAAGCUGAGAUUAGGAGCACUCCCUUUAAGAGUGUGCUCCUGAUCUCAGCUCGUUACCUGUAUAAAAGACACCUGAGAGCCAGAAAUCUUUCUGAUUGAGAGGGGGUCAAAUACUUAUUUCCCUCAUUAAAAUGCAAAUCAAUUCAUAAAAUUUUUGGCAUGCAUUUUUCUGGAUUUUUGUUGUUGUUAUUCUGUCUCUCACUGUUCAAAUAAACCUACCAUUAAAAUUAUAGACUGAUAAUUUCUUUGUCAGUGGACAAACGUACAAAAUCAUCAGGGGAUCAAAUACUUUUUUCCCUCACUGUGUGUGUGUGUGUGUGUGUGUGUGUGUGUGUGUGUGUGUGUGUGUGUGUGUGUGUGUAUGUAUGUAUGUAUGUAUGUAUGUGUGUAUAUAUAUAUAUAUAUAUAUAUAUAUAUAUAUAUAUAUACAUACAUACAUACAUACAUACAUACAUACAUACAUACAUACAUACAUACAUACAUACAUACAUACAUACAUACAUACAUACAUACAUACAUACAGUGGGGAGAACAAGUAUUUGAUACACUGCCGAUUUUGCAGGUUUUCCUACUUACAAAGCAUGUAGAGGUCUGUAAUUGUUAUCAUGGGUACACUUCAACUGUGAGAGAUGGAAUCUAAAACAAAAAUCCAGAAAUUCACAUUGUAUGAUUUUUAAGUAAUUAAUUUGCAUUUUAUUGCAUGACAUAAGUAUUUGAUCACCUACCAACCAGUAAGAAUUCCGGCUCUCACAGACCUGUUAGUUUUUCUUUAAGAAGCCCUCCUGUUCUCCACUCAUUACCUGUAUUAACUGAACCUGUUUGAACUCGUUACCUGUAUAAAAGACACCUGUCCACACACUCAAUCAAACAGACUCCAACCUCUCCACAAUGGCCAAGACCAGAGAGCUGUGUAAGGACAUCAGAGAUAAAAUUGUAGACCUGCACAAGGCUGGGAUGGGCUACAGGACAAGCAGCUUGGUGAGAAGGCAACAACUGUUGGCGCAAUUAUUAGAAAAUGGAAGAAGUUCAAGAUGACGGUCAAUCACCCUCGGUCUGGGGCUCCAUGCAAGAUCUCACCUCGUGGGGCAUCAAUGAUCAUGAGGAAGGUGAGGGAUCAGCCCAGAACUACACGGCAGGACCUGGUCAAUGACCUGAAGAGAGCUGGGACCACAGUCUCAAAGAAAACCAUUAGUAACACACUACACCGUCAUGGAUUAAAUCCUGCAGCGCACGCAAGGUCCCCCUGCUCAAGCCAGCGCAUGUCCAGGCCCAUCUGAAGAUUGCCAAUGACCAUCUGGAUGAUCCAGAGGAUGAAUGGGAGUAGGUCAUGUGGUCUGAUGAGACAAAUAGAGCUUUUUGGUCUAAACUCCACUCGCCGUGUUUGGAGGAAGAAGAAGGAUGAGUACAACCCCAAGAACACCAUCCCAACCGUGAAGCAUGGACGUGGAAACAUCAUUCUUUGGGGAUGCUUUUCUGCAAAGGGGACAGGACGACUGCCCCAUAUUGAGGGGAGGAUGGAUGGGGCCAUGUAUCGCGAGAUCUUGGCCAACAACCUCCUUCCCUCAGUAAGAGCAUUGAAGAUGGGUCGUGGCUGGGUCUUCCAGCAUGACAACGACCUGAAACACACAGCCAGGGCAACUAAGGAGUGGCUCCGUAAGAAGCAUCUCAAGGUCCUGGAGUGGCCUAGUCAGUCUCCAGACCUGAACCCAAUAGAAAAUCUUUGGAGGGAGCUGAAAGUCCGUAUUGCCCAGCGACAGCCCCGAAACCAGAAGGAUCUGGAGAAGGUCUGUAUGGAGGUGUGGGCCAAAAUCCCUGCUGCAGUGUGUGCAAACCUGGUCAAGACCUACAGGAAACGUAUGAUCUCUGUAAUUGCAAACAAAGGUUUCUGUACCAAAUAUUAAGUUCUGCUUUUCUGAUGUAUCAAAUACUUAUGUCAUGCAAUAAAAUGCAAAUAAUUACUUUAAAAUCAUACAAUGUGAUUUUCUGGAUUUUUGUUUUAGAUUCCGUCUCUUACAGUUUAAGUGUACCUAUGAUAAAAAUUACAGACCUCUACAUGCUUUGUAAGUAGGAAAACCUGCAAAAUCGGCAGUGUAUCAAAUACUUGUUCUCCCCACUGUACAUACCGUUCAAAAGUUUGGGGUCACUUAGAAAUGUCCUUGUUUUCGAAAGAAAAGCAAUUUUUUUGUCCAUUAAAAUAAUAUCAAAUUGAUCAGAAAUACAGUGUAGACAUUGUUAAUGUUGUAAAUGGCUAUUGUAGCUGGAAACGACAGAUUUUUUAUGGAAUAUCUACAUAAGCGUACAGAGGCCCCUUAUCAGCAACCAUCAGUCCUGGAUUCCAAUGGCACGUUGUUUGCUAAUCCAAGUUUAUCAUUUUAAAAGGCUAAUUGAUCAUUAGAAAAACCUUUUGCAAUUAUGUUAGCACAGCUGAAAAAUUUUAAAGAAACAAUAAAACUGGCUUUCUUGAGACUAGUUGAGUAUCUGGAGCAUCAAAUCAAAAUCAAAUCAAAUUUUAUUGGUCACAUGCGCCGAAUACAACAGGUGCAGACAUUACAGUGAAAUGCUUACUUACAGCCCUUAACCAACAGUGCAUUUAUUUUAGACAAAAAAAGUAAGAAUAAAACAACAACAACAAAAAAGUGUUGAGAAAAAAAAGAGCAGAAGUAAAAUAAAGUGACAGUAGGGAGGCUAUAUAUACAGGGGGGUACCGUUGCAGAGUCAAUGUGCGGGGGCACCGGCUAGUUGAGGGUUCAGCAAUUGUGGGUUCGAUUACAGGCUCAAAAUGGCCAGAAACAAAUAACUUUCUUCUGAAACUCGUCAGUCUAUUCUUGUUCUGAGAAAUGAAGGCUAUUCCAUGCAAGAAAUUGCCAAGAAACUGAAGAUCUCGUACAACACUGUGUACUACUCCCUUCACAGAACAGCGCAAACUGUCUCUAACCAGAAUAGAAAGAGGAGUGGGAGGCCCAGGUGCACAACUGAGCAAGAGGACAAAUACAUUAGAAUGUCUAGUUUGAGAAACAGGUGCCUCACAGAUCCUCAACUGGCAGCUUCAUUAAAUAGUACCCACAAAACACCAGUCUCAACGUCAACACUGAAGAGGCGACUCCAGGAUGCUGACCUUCUAGGCAGAGUUGCAAAGAAAAAGCCAUAUCUCAGACUGCCCAUCUUAAUCUUUUAUUUUUAUUGGCCAGUCUGAGAUAUGGCUUUUUCUUUGCAACUCUGCCUAGAAGGUCAGCAUCCUGGAGUCGCCUCUUCAGUGUUGACGUUGAGACUGGUGUUUUGUGGGUACUAUUUAAUGAAGCUGCCAGUUGAGGACCUGUGAGGCACCUGUUUCUCAAACUAGACACUAAUGUAUUUGUCCUCUUACUCAACUAGUCUCAAGAAAGCCAGUUUUAUUGCUUCUUUAAUCAGCACAACAGUUUUCAGCUGUGCUAACAUAAUUGCAAAAUGGUUUUCUAAUGAUCAAUUAACCUUUUAAAAUGAUAAACUUGGAUUAGCAAACACAACGUGCCAUUGGAACACAGGACUUAUGGUUGCUGAUAAUGGGCCUCUGUACGCCUAUGUAGAUAUUCCAUUACAAAUCAGCCGUUUCCAGCUACAAUAGCCAUUUACAACAUUAACAAUGUGUAUACUGUAUUUCUGAUCAAUUUGAUAUUAUUUUAAUGGACAAAAAAAUUGCUUUUCUUUCGAAAACAAGGACAUUUCUAAGUGACCCCAAACUUUUGAACAGUAGUGUGCAUAUGUGUGUAUGCGAGAACAUUGGAAGUUGAUGGAAGUUACAAUCUAUCUGCAAUAUUAAAGCUGAUCUACCCCCUAAAAAAAAUGUAAUAAAACAAUCCCAUCCACCUCUGAACCUCUACAGGUAAUAGCUAACUCAAACCCCCUCUUAUCCUCACAGGCACAAGCCUAAAGACUUCUAUAUAGACCAUAGACAUUUAAUUACUCUUUACCACACAAGUAAAAUUAAUAAAUCAGUUUAAGUUGUCUUUCAUUGUGUGCCAUAUUUAAAGGGAAAAUCCACUCAAAAACUAUCUUUUAGUAUUUAUUUCAUUAGUCCACUGUUGAUACAGUCCCAAAAUGUUUUGCAUUUCAGCAGUCAAGUUUAAGAUAUUGGACUUUCAAGAUGCGAAGUGUCACUGGCCACAUCAUCAUGAUGAUGCAAAAUGAAUCAUAUGAAUAAAUAAAAAAAAUACCAAAAGAUAGUUUUGAGUGGGUUUCCCCUUUUUGAGUUUUUUUAUUUUUGGUAACGUUCCAUCUCCUCGUCUUCUCUCAGGUGUUGGAAGGCGAAACACCUUUUUGUCCUGAAGAGAGAUGGCUACAUUUCCCAUCAUUCAAGGGGCUCCCACAGACAACAUUACCCAUUUAUCUGUCAACCGGAAUGUCUUCACAAACCAUCCAGAAUGUCCCAGAUGAAAUAAUCGUAUCAGACUGGUUUAGGGCUUUAAUCCAUCAGUAGUUGCUAGCCACCUGAGCCACAAAAACGGCCAAACAUUGUUAAACUGUCCAUGGAUGUGUGUUUGUAUAUCAAUUCAAGUAUUUCUGAAUCGACAGAACCAAUCUUUAUCUUUUUGUAAAUUGUUUUGUAAAUAAUGUCUAAUUAUUACAUUAUUUUUUACUAUACUUUUUCGUUCGCUUUAAUCACUGAUUAUCACGGCGUCUUUUCAUGCUGCUAAUUUUGCUACAAAAAAGGAAAGGAAAGAACAGAGUAGAGGGCAGUGUGUUGAGCGGAGUAGCCUUCUUCUUGUCCUCUCCCUCUAGUGACGACCUGUCCUGUGGUCUGAUGGGGGGAGGGAGUCCAAAGCUUUGUACACUCUUUUUGGUUAAAACCUCUAUAUUUGUAGAUCAUUAUAGCUGUAAAGGAGUACUAUGGAUGUGAUGUAUGAUACAGAGACAGCGUUUGUUUACCGGUGUAUGUGAAUUGACUGUUAAGGGCUUGAUAGAGAAAAAGUUUUGGCAAACUGGAAUUGGAAGAACUACAAAACACGUCUCUUUUUCGUAGGUGAUCUUUAUGAUGACAGUGAUGAAUUGACAGUAUGGAUGGAUAAGAUUGAAGUAAUUUGUUGAAUGUGACACAAAAACACUAAGGAAUCAAGUGUUGGUCUCUACUGUUGAGUAUGCCCCACCUCACCAUGUUAUGUCCAAGUAACAUACAGCUAUAUGGCUGAUAUACGUUGUACCACAGCAUUGGGUGUUCAGAUGGACCUCUUCAUUGGCUUCAAAGGCUUUUAGGACAGAGGAGAUGAGGUUGUUGGGAUGGCUAUUUCUUUCACAUCCCAUUUCUACAUGAUAUUUCACAUCCCAACACACUGACCUUUCAUCUCCCUCCCUUUGACUGUUAACUUGACAUAGUGCUUUAGACACCAGGACAAAUCCACAGAGCCCUAGGAACCAUCUAGCUACUACAGUAUCAUACGACCAGAUGUGCAUUUAGAUUGAGACAUUAAACUGGAGCUGGGAGUCAGCAUUUCACAUGAUUUCAUACCUCAAUUUUUUAUUUUGAUUGUUUAUUUUAUAGUUGUGAUUUUGCAAUCAGAAAGUCUAAGGCUGAGGUCAGAAUCCUCCAAUCAGCAUCUCAGCCUGAGGGGUCGUAGGUCAGAGAAUCCAUGGGGAAACCGCAUUGCCAUGACGAUCAGAGGAGCGACUUCUAAUGAGAGGAACAUCAGCUGAAGAAUACAUUUUAGCCUUUUGAAUGUUCUCUUUAAGGAAUGGACACGCUUUGUAUAUUUAAGAUAAGUCUACUCUGAAGUGUUAUCAUUUGCACUAAAUAAUGCAAUUGGACAAUGUUCUGUAAAUUAAAAUCGUUACACUACAGAAAUGAGCUGACUUGCAUUUGUACUGUACACUAGCAAAUGAGCAGGGGUUUUGUGUGGAUAAUGUGCCCCUCAUCUUUGAUCACAACUGGACCCUCAUUUUUUUUCAGGCACCCCUCUUUGUCUUCUACAUGACAAUGAAUAGGAAAUGUGAGAAACAAGUGUCAAGCAUUUUUAUUUCAGUAGUUUAUUUCUUUAUAGGAGUAUCUUUGAUAUAUACAUAAUCUUUACAUUCAGUGAUUAAAAUAUUUUCAUCUUCAGCAAACUGUAUAUUUGAGAUUCAUGUAAUAAAUUAUGGUCUCAAAACCGACACGUGUGAUCAUGGAAUUCAGAGAGACUGUUUGAUAUGGUCUUCAUGGUGAGGUGUCAUAUAUAUAUAAUAUCAGCUUCUCAGUCUAAAAUGGAGGCCAACUGCUGCUUAGCUUUUAGCAAUAAAGAGGACACGCUUGUUCAGUAUCAAAGGAUAUCCUGAGAAUCUUCAGUCAUGCCACCCCUUCCCCAUAAAACUAGUCUCUGUGCAUCAAAUCUACCAUAGUACUUCAUUGUCUGUGCAUCUACCCACGUACUUGGCAAUGACAUACAUAGGUGUGCAUAAUGUAAAAAUGUGCAUAUUCCACUGAUCCAAAACUGUGUUUAGGUUUGGUGACCCACCUAAACCCAACAUCCUUCAAGAAAAAUAGUUCUUACAAACAGUAAUCAAAACUAACAUCCAAAGUGCCAUUUUGACAGGAGCGAGUGUAUCUCACCAUCCUUCUGCUCUGUGCUUCCUCCUCCAUGGAGCUGGAGAUCCAGUAACACUGACCCUGUCUCCUCUCCUCAGGUCAACAGCAGGGUAUAG